AUCUCCACCGUCCAUUGCUACCGCUCUUUUCCCUGCCAAGCUCUCUGAAAACAUUAUUAUAGUUCUUCGUCUCGACCCCUCGCAAAGCUCUCGGCUUUCAAGAAACCACUGGGAAUCCGUUCGAGCUUACUAGGAAAGGGAAAUGGCCCUUUCAGGGCUGAAUGCAAAUCCAAAUCCAAACAAGUCUUAUGAGGUGCUUCCCUCUCCCGGUGAUUCUGUUUCUAGUUUAAGUUUUAGCCCUGUUGGAAACUACUUGGUGGCCACUUCCUGGGAUAACCAGGUUAGAUGCUGGGAGAUUCAGGCAGGAAGUAGUCAACCAAAGGCAUCUAUAUCGCAUGAUCAGCCAGUCCUUUGCUCAACCUGGAAAGGUGAUGGUACAGCAGUUUUCUCUGGAGGGUGUGAUAAGAUGGUUAAGAUGUGGCCUUUGAUGUCUGGUGCCCAAGCGACCACAGUGGCUGCUCAUGAUGCACCUGUAAAAGAACUGGCUUGGAUCCAACCUAUGAACCUCCUCGUAACUGGAAGUUGGGAUAAGACUCUAAAAUAUUGGGAUACCAGACAAGCACAACCAGUUCAUACCCAACAACUCCCCGAGAGGUGCUAUGCUCUGACAGUGCAAUAUCCACUAAUGGUUGUUGGCACAGCAGAUCGAAAUCUGAUAGUUUAUAACUUGCAAAAUCCUCAGGCCGAAUUCAAGAGAAUCCAGUCACCUGUCAAGUACCAGACUAGGUGUGUUGCUGCAUUUCCUGAUCAACAAGGUUUUUUGGUAGGAUCUAUUGAAGGAAGGGUUGGUGUCCAUCAUUUGGAUGAUUCUCAGCAAAGUAAAAACUUCACAUUCAAGUGCCAUAGAGAGGGCAGUGAGAUCUAUUCAGUGAAUUCAUUGAACUUUCAUCCUGUACACCAUACAUUUGCAACUGCAGGAUCAGAUGGUGCAUUCAACUUUUGGGACAAGGAUAGCAAACAGAGAUUGAAGGCUAUGGCCAGGUGCAGUAGUCCUAUCCCAUGCAGCACUUUCAACCAUGACGGUUCAAUUUUUGCAUAUGCGGUUUGCUAUGACUGGAGCAAGGGUGCUGAAAAUCACAACCCAGCAACCGCAAAGACUUAUAUUUAUCUCCAUAGCCCACAGGAAUCCGAGGUUAAAGGAAAGCCGCGGCUAGGAACAGGAAGAAAAUAACAGUAGUUCUGAAACUUUGAGAACAAGAAGAAGGUAAUCUUUGAAGCCAAUUGAUUAUGAAACAUGUUCUGAGAAUCAUAACUGUUCUAGUAUAUACAGUCCACAUUUUGUCUCCUUUUUCUUACUUGAAAACUUAUGAUCUGUGUCUACUGCUAGGUUUUGUCACUUUUGUUUUUUGUGCUCUGGAUUUGGCUGUGUAUUAUGUAAUCAUAGAAAAGCUUGAAAUAUUUAUGUUUCCCUGAGAUAUAUCAGAUGUUCAUAUACAAUUCUUGUGCAAAUUGUUUA